AUGGGCGAGUCAGGACCACGCAAGCGCAAGGACGAUCCUUUUGACGACUUCUUUGCAUUGAGUGCCCCAAGCGGUAAAAAACACAAGAAAAAGAGACCAAGAGAGAAAAAAGUGGAGAAUCAUGAAGACGAAAAACGAAACGAAAACUCACCAGAAACGAUCAAUAUCGAUGUCGAUGUCGAAACCAGCCCACCAGCUCCUAAUACAAGCUCUCCUGGACCAUCACGAGAAAAUUCAGAUAGCCACAAUCAAAAAAUGGACAAUCGUGACGAAAAACCAUUGAAUGAUAUCACUGUUGUUGAUGAUGCUGUUGAUGAUAUUGCUGUUCAAGACAUUGUUGAUGAAGAAGACGAGCUCCUAGAGUUCCUCAAAGAAACCUCGGCCUCCCUUGGCCACCACAAAAGCGAUACCUAUGACUUUUCAGAUUCCAAUGAACGACGGCGAUCAUAUGUUGUUCGAGUCAUUUCAAAAUUGGAACCUGAAAAUGCUGUAACGGUGGAUAUUGGAACAAAAGGACUUAAAAAGUUUGACAAAAUACACGAGGCAGCUCUAAGAGAACUAAGGAAGAAGCCUGGGUCUCCAAUGAAACAACAUAAUGUGCACACUACUUGUCUCGCUUGGAUCGAAGGCAGACAAGAAAUCAAACCAUUUUUCAAACCCAGCACUUUACGCAUCAAACCCCCUUUGGAAUUCAUAGGUCAGAACCCAGCAAAGAUACCCUUGACCCACAUCACUUGCUUACUCUACCCAAAGUCUCAUAGCUACCUUGAUUACCCAGAAUUUGAAUCCACUUCCUCAUGGAAAAAGCUCUCGCAACUUUCAUCAGACCUCAGUGCAAUGGACGAAUUGUCUGUGUUGAGCGCUAACAGUGAGCUGAGCGAUGAAGACCCUCUCGGUGACUCAAAUCCUGUUGCAAAUCCUGUUGCAAAUACUCCUAGAGAUACUCCAGAUUCUCAACCAGACGCUGAUUACUUUGAAAUAGGACUUAAAGGAAAGGACAAUAAGAGGAUUAGUGUCCAAGUCUGCUCCACUACAAAGCUCAGGGACUUGUUGGCUCAUUACUUGAAAGCAAAAGAGAUCGAUGUUUCAGCCGCUAGUAGAGCCAAAUUAUUGUUUGACGACGAAGAGUUGGACCUCAAUGGAGUUGUGGGCGAUACCGAGCUUGAAGACGAGUACGAGGUCCAAGUGGUGGUGUGA